CCAAAUUAACACCAACUUUAUUUUUAUCCCAAGGUAAACAGGCAACAGCCAAACCCGUGCGACACUGUCUGUAAGUCGUCGCCUUCCUUCCUCCUCUAAUAGUUUAAACUCUCUUGUCUCGAUCCAGAUCCAAUCUCUCUUCUCCGAUCUAUUCACACCAUCUCUUCAAAUCAAAACAAUGUCCUCCUCCCGAUCCGAUUCCAGCAAGCCGUACUACGCGACGAGCAGCCUCGUCAUCGGCUACGCCCUCUGCUCCAGCCUCCUCGCCGUCAUCAACAAGUUCGCAAUCACCUACUUCAACUACCCCGGCCUCCUCACCGCCCUCCAGUACCUAACCUCCGCCGUCGGCGUCUGGCUCCUCGGCAAAAUAGGGUUCCUCCACCACGACGCCUUCGCCUGGGAGACCGCCAAGAAGUUCCUCCCCGCCGCCCUCGUCUUCUACCUCGCGAUCUUCACCAACACCAACCUCCUCCGUCACGCCAACGUCGAUACCUUCAUCGUCUUCCGAUCCCUCACCCCGCUCCUCGUCGCGGUCGCCGACACCGUCUUCCGCGGCCAGCCGCGUCCCUCGAGGCUCACAUUCUUGUCUCUGCUGGUCAUCCUCGCCGGCGCUGUUGGCUACGUGGCUAACGACUCGGCUUUUACUCUCACCGCUUAUUCCUGGGCCUUGGCUUACCUCGUUACCAUCACCACCGAGAUGGUUUACAUUAAGCACAUGGUUUCGACUCUCGAACUGAACACUUGGGGGUUGGUUUAUUACAACAACCUCUUGUCGCUGAUGAUCGCGCCGCUGUUCUGGUUCCUCACAGGGGAACACAAGGAGGUUUUCACGGCCGUGAAUGCUAACGGAGGCGAUGUGUUUGAGCCCGUUGCGUUCUUCGCUGUGGCGUUGUCGUGUGUGUUUGGUUUCCUUAUUAGCUUCUUCGGUUUUGCUGCUAGGAAAGCCAUCUCCGCAACUGCUUUCACGGUGACGGGUGUUGUGAACAAGUUCUUGACGGUUGUGAUUAACGUUGUGAUUUGGGAUAAGCAUGCGACUCCUUUUGGGUUGGUUUGUUUGCUUGUUACCAUCUGUGGAGGUGUUGGUUAUCAGCAGUCUGUGACCGUGGCUAAGAAGCCGACCAAUGGUCCGUCUAAAGCGUCGAACAAUGCCGACAAGGGUGGUGAUGAUGAUGAGUUGAUGGAGUUGAUUCCGGGGAAAGUAGCUACAAAUGUAUGAGAGGGGCUCCAUUGUUUGCAACCUUUUAAAAAAAAGAGGUUCUAGCAUUUGAUUUUCAAUUUGAGAGGUUUCUUCUAUGGUUUCUGGCCUCUCUAUAGUAUCAAUUUUGUAAACAUGUUUCAAUCUCAUUCUUCUCUACCCAUUAUUAUACAAGAAAAUCAGUUUUAUCUUC